AUGGCGUCGUCAUGUACGGCCCUGGUGCUCAUUGCGGGGCUAGCUGCACAGUGGGCUCACCUGGCGCAAGCGCACUCCAUCCUGUUUUGCGCAGCAACGGCUCCGUCAGAGCCUGGCGGGCUGAAAGUAAUUCUAGGAACCUACCAUAGGCUGACCAGCCAUGCGAGGGGGGAAAUGGUGCUGGCACCUGAACAAGGCACCUCCGUCAUGACUACCUUGACGCAAACAUGCAGGGGACAAGUUCAAAAAGGAAGUAGCUGUCAGAACAACCCACCAGCAUCGGACAUACUGACAGACUGUGUUACAAAAGGCUUGGUUCCAAGCGAUGCCAUCAUCACAUGCUAUGGAGCGGGUCCAGAUGACAGCGUCGUCCCAGUCGACUCCUGCGAUGCCGUCGAGCAGGGUUCUUAUCGCAACAUAGGCAUGUAUGCCGUGGGCGCUCUGUCUGGUUUUUCGAGUGGGACUGUGAAGGUGACAGUUCAGCAUACAGAUAUGAACUUCAACCCCAACAUAGGAUCUUCAGGUGCCUUGGUUCGACGAAUGGGACAAGCCCGCGGGGUUGUGCUUGGCAUUUCCGUUGCGCAAGCGGGCAAGCCAUGCCCUACUGCGCCUGUGGUCUCCAACUCUCAGGAUCUCAGUUCGUGCAACAAUGCCUUCGACGGCUUCCUGUGCGACGUUCCAUGUGUAGCAGGAUUUGUCCCGAGUGGUGGAGGUUUCAUGUGCAACAACGGAACCUACCAAGCAACCGAGGUCGUUCCUGCGUGUGUGCAGACAUGUGCGCAGGCAUACCAUCCAUGCCAGCCUGGAUACAUCCAACAGUCUGCAAACGCUCCCGCCACAAGCCAGGAUUUUUGCUGCUUGCCGACUUGCGCAGUUCACACAUGCCCGGACGGGCACAUUUCCAUUCAGAAGAAGAUGGCCUCCACGGCUGUGUCAGAUGCCGAGUGCUGUGAAAAGACUUGUGCGGCUUUCGACUGUCCGGCAGGCUACGCGCUCAAUCCUGACAUGUUGUCCAGCGCGCCAGUGUCGCAGCAAGCUUGUUGCGUUGAAACUUGCUCUCGCUUCUCAUGCCCCGCAAACUAUGUUCCUGACGCAAGCAAGGAGAAUUCCACAACAUGGUCCCAGACUGAGUGUUGCUUGCCCACAUGCGCCACCUUGUCGUGCCAGGCCAACUUCGUGCCCGAUGUGGCUAAGUCGGGCUCAACUGAUGUGCGACAGGAAAACUGCUGCUUGCCAUCCUGCGCCUCAUUUAAAUGCCCGCUUGGGUACGGACCCAAUCCGGCCAACAGCCAGGCAACAACAUUGGAUUAUCAGACUUGUUGCGCUCCAUCCUGCGCAUCGUAUACAUGUCCUGCAUUCUAUGUUCCGAAACAGUCAGCCAUGUCUUCUAUAACCCUGGACACGUCAAAUUGCUGCGAAGGCACGUGCCAGUCAUACACGUGUUCCAGUGGCUUUGUCGUUAACAGCGAGCAGGCAGCCUCCACGCUUCUGACAGAUGCUAGCUGCUGCCUUAAGACUUGUGCCGGCUUCACGUGCCUACCCGGCUACGUGAACGAUCCUGCCUUUGCACAGAGCACCAUCGUCUCGACUAAAGCAUGCUGUAAGCUCGACAACUGUCAGGCUUUCACGUGUCCAGUUGGCUUCAGGGAAGUUUCCGGCACACCGCCCGUAGUGUCGCAGACGGGUUGUUGUGUGCAGGAGUGCUCAUCCUUCCAGUGCCCUGAUGGCUACAGCUCGAAUGUUGCCAACAGCGCUUCCACCACGAUUUCAGUCUCGAACUGCUGUGAGAAGACCUGCGCCACUUUCGGGUGCUCGGACGGCUAUGUUGCAAACCCAGCUCAGAGUUCCUCCACCACGCUGUCGCGAGCAAGCUGCUGCGAAGCCACUUGCGCUACCUUCGCAUGUCCUGUUGGCUACGUGCUAGACCCUGCAGGACUGGCUUCCACCUCGCUGUCUGUGUCCAGUUGCUGCCUUGCCACAUGUGCCACUUUCUCCUGCCCUGCAAACUACAUAGCUCAGCCGCUGCUGGCCUUGUCAACUACUGUGACCCAAGGCAACUGCUGUCAAGCCACCUGCGCCACCUUCACCUGUCCUGCAGAUUAUGUGGCCAACCCGGAUCGGGUCAUGGCUACUGAGCUCACUCAGGAAAGCUGCUGCCAAGCCACGUGUGCAACUUUCACGUGCCCUACGGGCUUCGUGGCGAACGUGUCCAACUCUGCAUCCACGCUGGUGUACACAGAGGAAUGCUGCACAGCUCAAUGUUCUGCGCUCAGUGUGUGCCCCGCGGGCUACGUGGAAGACGGCGCCCACUUUGGAACGAGUAGCGACGAGUGCUGUUUGGCGACCUGUGCCGUCUUUCCAUGUCCAGAUGGGCAAGUGUCAGACUCCUCACAGGCAACCGCCACGAAUGUGUCCGUGAGCACCUGCUGCCAAGACACUUGUGCUUUGUUUACGUGCCCAGCAGAUUAUGUGCCAAACCCAGCUGCUGUCAGCAGCACCAAUCUCACGACUGAGAUUUGUUGCGAGGCCACAUGUGGUACGUUCACAUGCCCCGCAAACUAUCUUGCGGUGGAAGACUCCAAUUCCAUCACCGUCGUGUCUCUUGGCAGCUGCUGCUCGGCAACGUGUGCGACUCUCACAUGCCCAGCGGGAACACACGCGAUUGCCCAUCGUCAGACCGACACGCUGGCGACUGAGUCCCACUGUUGCGAAGACACUUGUGCCAGCUUCCAAUGCUACGGAGGCUUUGUCGUGGAUCCUGCCCAAACAUCCUCAACCACGGUGACGGUAGACAAUUGCUGCCGCCCGACAUGUGCGCUCUUUGCUUGCCCAAGGAGCUAUGUCGCGGAUCCUGCAAAAGCAGCCCUCACCGACCUUUCUGCGUCGGGCUGCUGCCAGCCGACGUGUGCUGCCUUUCCAUGCCCUUCUGGCUAUUUGCCUGACUUGCUUGCGUCUGCCUCAACCGCCGUCUCAACAGAAACCUGCUGCGACGCAACUUGCGCAACACUCAGCUGCCCUCUCACAUAUGUACCUGACCUCAGCAUGAUCACGUCAACCGUAGUGAACCAGGAGACGUGCUGCGACGCUACUUGUGCCAGCCUUGCCUGCAACUCCGGCUACGCACCAGUUCUCGACCAAGAGACCUCCACAAACGUCUCUCAGUCAAACUGCUGCGAGCCAACUUGUGCAGUCUUCCAGUGUCCUGCGGGAUUCAUCACCAACCCUGCCAACCAGUCCUCGACGAACUUGGAGGUGGCAAGCUGCUGCCUUCCGACGUGUGCGACCUUGCUGUGCCCAGCAGGCUGGGACUUCGAUGUGGGCCAGGAAAACUCCACAGACGUCACGGUUGAGACUUGCUGCGAGAGCUGCCCAGCAGGUAGCUUCAAGACUGCCGAGGACCCUGUGUCUGGCCCGGGCUACUUGAGGGAACGUUGCACGUUGUGCUUGCCAGGGUUUUGGAAUCCUUUGACCGGGCAGGCCGCAUGCAGUGCUUGUCCAGAGAACUGGACAACGCCGGCUGAAGGCGCCACGAAUUCUUCAGAGUGCACCUGCAAGGAGGGCUUCUACAAGGACGACGGGUUUUGCAUAAGUUGCGUGGCGAAUGCUGUGUGCCCAGGGGCUGAUUUUCAGCCUCACUCGUCUUGGGGUCACUGGAGCCCUGACGCGCGAACCUUCUGGAGCUGUUUUCCUUCAGACUCUUGCCUGGAGGGCAGCACAACUUCCACCAAUGCAUGUGCCGACGGAAGGGCUCCAGAUGGUGUUCGAUGUGUGCCAUGUGCAGCAGACCAUUACAUGGCAAAUGCCGAGUGCCACCAGUGCAGCGGGUUUCAGAAGGUGCUCAGCAUCGUGGGACGGAUUGUUCUGGUCAUAGCCCUGCUUGCCAUCAUGGUGAUCCUCCGCUGGGAGGCUGCCACGGAUGUCCUGAAUAAGAGCUUCCGAGAGGUCUGCACGCAUCACAAGAAGAAAUUGGGACGCCUGGGGCAGGCCAUGACAAUGGAAGCCGAGUCUACGCUGUUCUUUUCAGCCAUUGCAGUCCUGCAGUUCCUCUGGGUUUUUACCUUGUUCCCGAAUUGGCAACCGAGCACUGGGAUUGAGGAGGUUUGGAAAGCCAUCGUGACCCUUGCUGCUUUCGAUACCAGCGUGUUCACACACUGCUCUCUGAGCAGUUCUUUCAUCAACAACUGGUUUCUGGACUGGAGCUUGCACUGGGCAAUCGUUUUGGUGAAUAUCGUGUUGGUUCUGGUGCAGUUCCUCGUGGCAAAAGACACGAAGACCCACUUCCUAGGCAUAAUGAUGGAAAGCACCUCCUUCCUGAUCAUGCUCCUGGUCACUGCUCGAUUCCAUUUUGACCUGAUCUUCGUGAACUGCGUGGCAUGCGAAGAUGGGCGCCUGUGCCUGGCUGAGGAUCCUCUCUUGUACUGCGGUUUCCAGGACGGCUCGGUGGAGUGGAAGACCCUGGCCUACGUGUCCAUCGUCGACCUCUCGGUCUGGAGCUUGCUGAUAGCCUUGGUGUUCUACACCAUGGUGAGGACCUGGAAGUGGCAGUGUGGUGAAGGUGAAGGCGUGACCUCAGGCGGGCGUGUCCACUGGUACGUCCUCUUCGCGGAACCCUGGACCAAGCACCUGAAAGGCCACUCGGGGGCCCUGCGCCUCGCUGUGCAGGACUUCCCAGCCUUUACGGAGCACCUCCAGACGCCAGCAUCUCGGAAGGAUGUGUGGCGUCGCUUCAACUCGCACGUGCUGGAGAAGAAGGAGCAGGACAUGGCAGACCUGGCCCUGAAGAUGGUGUCGCUCGCAAAGAAGAAUAAGAGCGAAGGCGCUGAAGGCGCUGACUCCGACGCACCAAGAAGAGGGACAAGUGCAAUCAGGGGGCCAGAGCACGAACACUUGGACCUUGACAUUGCAGACAUGGCGGAAAAGGUGCAAGAGCUCUACCCAAAGAGCAAGUGGUUCUUCCUGUUGGAGCUCUUCUGGUCCUGCUCCUGGUCAUGGCUUCGGACUGUCUUCAGGAUGGCCAUGACCGCGGCAGUCAUGACCCUUCCGAAGGACAAAGCCACCCCGGCCAGCUCAAUAGGAUGCACCUUUGUGCUGCUGCUACUGCUGAUGUUUGCAGGCUUGAUGAAGGCGAAUCGUUGGGAAGUUGUGAACGACUGGGAGAUCAUUCUCUAUGCGCUGUCGAUGGGAGUCCUGGUCCUGCUACUGUCAGGGGACAUCACAGCCGUCACAUUCCUGGCCAGUGUUACCGUGUUGGUAGCUGUGGCCCCGGUCAUUCUUUACCUUUUCGCGUUUGCCAUCCGCCGCUGCAUCGCCAACGUGGAGGCAACGAUGGAGGCGACCAUGGCGACGGGCAGCAGGCCCAAGUCACAGGGGCUCGAGGGCAUCGUCCAAAAGAGCCUGACCAAGGAAGCCAUGGAAGCCACGGAAACCACGGAGCCCAUGGAACCCGACCAGAGCCAGAAAGAAGAGGAGAAGCCGGCAAACGAGGCGGUCGAUGUCCCCUCCGACAAAGCUGAGGAGAAGCCUGCGGUCGAGGCGGUCGACAUCCGUCCCGAUGAGACGGAAAAGCCUGCCGUCGAAGUCAACCGCGUCGACGUCAACCGCGUCUCAAUCUAG